AUGGCGGCGCCGGGCGAGGCUGGCAGCGCCUCAGCGCCCGGCCCCGCCUCAGCGCCCGGCCCCGCCUCAGCGCCCGGCCCCGCCGCCGCCGCCACCACCUCCGUCCUCGGCGGCGCCACCACCUGGCCCUUGAAGCGCUACGGCCGCUUCCUGCCCCCGAGGGAUAGCGAGCACGAAGAGCAAAACACCUCCUGGAAGGUUUUUGAAUCCAAUGAAGAAUCAGGCCACCUUCUCCUUACCAUUGUGGUCUCUGGCCAUUUCUUCAUUUCCCAGGGGCAAACAGUCCUGGAAGGCUUUUCACUGAUCGAUUCCCACAAGUGGCUGAGGGUAGUGAGGAGAGCAGACUGCCUGCUCUUUCAAGCACAGGCCAAGAGUGAAUGCCGCAUGUUCCGGGUGCAGUUCGGUGGCACAGCGAAAGAGCAGAUGCUGGAAUUCUGCUGCAGCUGUGUUCAGAAACUUGCAGAGUACCUACCAGUUCAGGUGACAGAUGAGCCAAACCAGCAGCUCCAUCCCAGCCUCAGCCAGCUGGGGAGUGGUGAAAGCCAAGAGAGGGACACUGACCAAAACCCAUCAGCGCUACGUCAAAGAGCUGAGCCUCGCCUGGCUUCCUGCACAGCCCUUGGAGAAAGGAGAUCUGUGACACAGCUGGCCCAGUCUGUGCUGAGGAGGAAGUCUGAGCUGCCCAGGCUGUACCACCACUCGGCCUGGCAGGCAGAGGAGCUGGGCCCCUUCAUUCACCUCUGCCUCCUGGACCAGAACUUCCCAGCUUUUGUGGAAGAGGUGGAGAAAGAGCUGAAAAAACUGACAGAAGGUUGAGUGAGGAAUCAAUCCCAUCCCCUCCCCCCCCCCCCCAACUCAGGGGGUGCAGGUGAGAAAAGUCUGAGACAGAUUUUUGUUGGUUUUUGGUGUUUGUUUUGUCUUUUUUUGUUGGUUUUUUUUUUUUUGGUCAGUGUUUUAUUUUUAAAAACAGGUGAAUCCACUUUGUUUUCUCUGGUUGUUUUGUUUAUACAUCAUUGCACUUCAACAAAUACACAGAACACGAGGUCAUGCAGCUACAGUUACUCACUGUCAUGAGAGAGGAGGGGGAGGGGAAAAAAAAACUGAAACAACCUCCCCCCCCCAAAAAAAAAAAACCAAACCCUUUUAGGUUCUCUUAUUUCUACAAUCUUUUGAGAUCAGGAGGAAAAUUACAGUGUCAAACUCAGAUUUGGAACUAGUUGCAUAGAAUAUCACCAUGCUGUAACAUUUUCAUCAUCAAAACAAGAACCAAAAUGAAACCAACCCCCCCC